AUGGUCAACUCACCAGAAGAAGCGACAAUGAAGCUGGAGAAGGCGAUAAAAUCCAAGGAGGUGGAAUCCCUUCGCAUCACCAGCGACGACCUGCGAAGAUUGGUGUUGGAGGCAGUGGCGUUUGGAUCGUUGCUCAACGACUCAGAAAAGCAGUUCGACUCGAUUUACGAGCUCACGCCGGCCUCUAGCCGAGUGAUGGGUGUUCUCACCGGCGAUGACGAAGAAGGCCGAAUGUUGCCAGAGUGA